GUCUGAAGAGAAGCUACACCUGUGAGGUCUGCAGCAUCACACUCAACUCUGUGGCCCAGUACCAUGCACAUCUGCAGGGCUUCAAGCACCAAAACAAUCUGAAGAAUCAGAUUUGUGUCCAGUGAGCGCAGGACAACAAUAAAAACUAACCAGAUUGAUGUCAGACCAGCUGUGGUCAGCUUGCUUCGUCUCUGUCUCCACUCGUCUCCACCUUCCUCAGCAUCGUCUCUGCUCGUCUUCCUGUCCCGUCUGUCCUGACAGUGAGACGGUGAUGAAGAGCGGUUUGUUCRGGACAUUCCAGCACAGCAUCAGUUCUCUCACCCAGCAGAAAAACAAGGACCCGUGUCGACAUUUCCUCCACUUUAUAAACUUUAUUCAUUCAUGAUCCACUGRAGCUUUUAUCCACUCGUAGUGUGGAUGUGAGACACAGAAGCCUUUCAGUAAAUGCAUGGACACAGUUUCAUCCCACAGCAGCUUUGUACAGYGAGUUCUAAUCUGAGAAUAUGAAGGUUUGCUUUGAUUUAAAGCAGGAGAGGAGAACCUCCAACCUCUGGGAUGAACAACCCUCCAAACCUUUUUACCCGACCUGCCGCACACUUUCUGACAACUCAAUCAAAUAUAUCUCAACUCAGAGGGAAACGUAUCCACAACCAAUUAAACAUGUGUUAAACAUGACGGUAAUGUCCGAGCCAGGAUCAAGGUCAGUGAACACAACUCAAGUGAGCAAGCAGAUCAGACAGGAUGAUUGAGAGCUGUCCAUGUUUUCUUCUCCAGUCUAAAAUAAAUUAUAGAACUUAAUAAAAUAAUCAUUAUUAUAAUAUACAGUCCACUGAUCAUGCCUUGUUUGUUAUCAUGUUAUUAUACUCUUUAAAAUACAAAAACAGUUUAAAAAUUCUAAACUGCAACCAAUAUUUUUAGAAAUAAAACCUGAUAAGUGUUUGUUUUAUAAUUGUAUAAACUGAAUUACUCUUUAAAGUGUAAAACGCAGAGGAAAAAAURUUCUCCUCUUCUGGUUUCUGCUGGUUCUGUUUGACCCACAGUGUGAUAAUGUAGCUUUUCUAAGAGAAACUUUAUUCUUGAAGUGAAUUUAAAACACUUUAAACGAGUUGACAGCAAUAAGGACUCUGGUUGAACUCUUCCUUUGRCGUAAAGGUGUCAUGUUUUAUUAAUUAUACUGAAAAUGUUUUGUUAAUUUUAAGGAUGAAUCAGUUUUGAUGAUGUUGGAUGGUUAACUGGUUGWAAGUCUCUCUUAUAGUUUUAUUUUGUUGAUCUGUCUGUACUGGAGAGAAAUUCCAAAUAUCAGUAAUACUUCACCUGCAUUACUGAGUACAUUUAUUCACUUCAUCUGGUCAGUUCAUCACAUGUGGUAAAAYACAGCCUGAUGGAAAACCUUUCACAAAAUACAGAGAAAAUGAAAUCAGUGUAUAUGGGCAUUUAGAAAACUUUGUUGUGAUUUUGUUUGGCAGAAAUUGUUUACAAAAUACAGAUUUGAACAGUACAAUAUCACAUUUACCAAACAUUCAAGAGUUUACAAAAUUUAAGACAUUUAUUGAUCACACAACACAGGACACAAUGUGGUGUAUUYAUACUGAACACUUUUUAUCCUCCAGCAGUAACAGUACAGCUGAAACCAUGUUUCUACACACUGUGUUUUUUUUUCUCACUGACAUUAAACCAGAUUAAACCUU